AUCGCCCAACUUUGGUGGGAAUCCGAGAUUUUCGUGUUUCUUCACUUCCCCGAGAAAAUUCGGUGCUGCUUCAUCCGUAAGCAAUCCAUCUUUUUUGUUAUCGCAUCAGUUUCAUGUUUUAGAUUCCGAUCUCGACCCGAUUAGGUAACACUUCAAGCGUUGACUUUCCCUGUGGAUUUCUGGCACUGUUUCUUCAUCUGGGUUUUGCUGACUGUAAAUUCAAGAUUUUGGGAAUUAGGGUUUGUUAGAUUUUUACUAGUUUCCUACCGCGUAUACCAGGAUCAAACGGAACUUCCGGAAUCAGUCUCUAGCACCGGAUUUGCUUUGAGAUUCAGAUUUCUGAGUAAAAUUGAGAACAAAUUCCGGGUUUAUGAAUUCUCAGGUAGAUGAUUGUAUUUGACACGAUUUAGGAUCCGUUCCGAUGCAUUUGAACAAAGGAUCGAUAUUUUCCGGUCUCAUUCAGAUACAUUAGUGUCUGUUUGAUUCGAGAGUGGUGUUCGCUGUCCAUGGAAACUGUUCAUAAAGAGGUCAAGGAAGCUAAUUCAUGUAAGAAUAAGCCUCUUGCCGGUUCAGACACCAGUGAAACUGAAGAUGAAAUCAAUGGAGAAGAUGAAAGUGAGUCACAGUGUUUGCUGCCUCCAAGGAAAGGAGGAAUGUCACGGAACACCGAGAAGGCGAGGAGGAAAGUGAAAUGGAACGAUACCAACGGGAAUAAUCUUGCUGAGGUCUUAGAAUACGAACCCAGUGAAGUAAGUGAGGCAGAAGACGAUGACUCAGAAGAUUCUUGCAUCUGUUCAGUCAUGUAGUUCGCACAUAAUCAACCACAAAUGACAUUGGACAUUGACAACAAGCGAAAUCCUCGUCCUGACUUCUCCGUUUUAAACAAUUUCUGCGGUGACUGAUCAAUGCGAUGACCUCCUCUAGACUUAGUGACAAGAAGAUGGUUCGCCCGGAGGAUGUAACUUUUGCAUUCGAGAGGACUUAGAGUUUAUGUCUCAUAAGCAGCAGCCAUUUGACAGAUUAUGGACCUAUCCAGGGACAAAGAGAGUAUAAUAGGUUAUAUGACAGUCUUUGCCAUUGCAGAUUGAACCUCAAAAUUUCCGGUGUGGUAUUACAGGUUUUGAUAGUAAAUUAUACGAAUUUCUGCAACAGUGUGGCUUGUUAAGUGUAAGCAUAUACAGCAAGGCA